UCCUAUAUUCUAACAAUCAGGCCCAUAAAUCCGCCAUCCAACAAAAAACCAGCUCUGAAGCCGUUCGUCGUCUCUUCUCGCCCUCUCGGCCGUCUUUGGCGCUCGCAAUUCGCUCAAUCUUCUCGCUCUCUCAUUGUUGAUUGAAGGAAGCCCUGACUAGACAUAAUUUUACCCAAAUCAAUGGCGUUUAGAUCGUGGAUUCUCAAUAACAUCGUUGGUAACUCGGGGAGUAUGUUAGGGGUCAGGAGGUGGUCUCACAUCUCCGCGCUACCUCCACCACUGGGGGGAGCUGUCCAGCCUGGUAUUGCAUCUCCACCUCUUGUCUUACCUGAGUUUGAUGCGAACCCAGAGAAAGAUAGCAAUGGUUUUGGAUUCCCAAGCUUCUCAUUUGGUGGUUCCAUGGAGCUCAUGGCUGUCCCCAAGAAGAAGAUCUCUAAACAUAAGAGAGGCAUAAGAAAUGGACCAAAAGCUCUGAAACCAACUCCAGUGAUAAUUCGGUGCAAGAGUUGUGGGCGAGUUAAGUUGCCUCACUUCUUCUGUUGCAGUGGCGAAAGGAUACAGCCUGGUGAGCACAACAAUUAGGCUUAUUAUCAGGAAGUAUUAAACUGUUCUAGUAUUGUAGAGCUGAAUGGCCAUUCCCUCUUUUUCUUCGAGUUGUUCUAACAAUGUUGAGAAUUCAUUUUGCCGUUUCCUUUGAGAAAUGUAAUCCAGUUGUUCUUUUCUGUCUCCUUAAUUUGUUUAAACAUGAUUAUAUUAAAAUGGUUAGCACUAUCUAGCUGGAGUUUUUUGUACACGAUGAAACAACAUAAUCAAAACCACCUCUUUUUUUUC